CCCCUACAUGUGUCACAGCCCCUGCCCUGAAUCUGCAACCUGGAGCUUGUGGGCCUCCUCAGUGCUGCCGAGGGUGCUGGGGCUUGGAGCCUGAUGACCUGGCUUUGAAUCCUGCCCCUGCCUCUGGGCACGCAGCAGCCUACCCGGCACGGAGGAAGGACUCCAAGGGACCGUCUGGCACCGCGGGGCUGAUAGGAACCCAUCUUGUCUGUCUGUGAAUUAUUCAUGUGCUGCACUUCCUGAAAAGAACGCUCCUGUUUGACUACCUCGCUUGUAAAACCGCAGAGAAUUCACUGUUAAGGGGAAGUAACAUCUCAGGGAUGGAAGUGCUUGGACGUGGUGCUGCUGGCUGCGGAUGUGCACAAGGAGAUGGGACGGAGAGCCUGAGUUGGCAUUCGUAUAAAUGACCUGCCUGGCUCCCACCAUGAGCGCUGAGCUCAAUGUGCCUAUCGACCCCUCUGCUCCUGCCUGCCCUGAGCCCGGCCACAAGGGCAUGGAUUACCGGGACUGGGUCCGCCGCAGCUACCUGGAACUGGUCACCUCUAACCACCACUCGGUACAGGCCCUGUCGUGGCGGAAGCUCUACCUGAGCAGGGCCAAGCUGAAGGCCUCCAGCAGGACCUCCGCCCUCCUCUCCGGCUUUGCCAUGGUGGCCAUGGUGGAGGUGCAGCUGGAGACGCAGUACCAGUACCCGCGGCCGCUGCUGAUUGCCUUCAGCGCCUGCACCACGGUGCUGGUGGCCGUGCACCUGUUUGCCCUCCUCAUCAGCACCUGCAUCCUGCCCAACGUGGAGGCCGUGAGCAACAUCCACAACCUGAACUCCAUCAGCGAGUCCCCGCACGAGCGCAUGCACCCCUACAUCGAGCUGGCCUGGGGCUUCUCCACCGUGCUCGGCAUCCUACUCUUCCUGGCCGAGGUGGUGCUGCUUUGCUGGAUCAAGUUCCUCCCCGUGGACGCCCGGCGCCAGCCUGGCCCCCCGCCCGGCCCUGGGAGUCACACGGGCUGGCAGGCCGCCCUGGUGUCCACCAUCAUCAUGGUGCCCGUGGGCCUCAUCUUUGUGGUCUUCACCAUCCACUUCUACCGCUCCCUGGUGCGCCACAAAACAGAGCGCCACAACCGCGAGAUCGAGGAGCUCCACAAGCUCAAGGUCCAGCUGGACGGGCAUGAGCGCAGCCUGCAGGUCGUGUGAGGGGCCGGGGGCCGAGGGCCGGGGCUGGGGGUGGCCCUGCGCCCGGAAGUCCACAGAGGUGGGGAUUUGUCAGAUGCAGACAUUUUGCAAGGCUGCCAGGUAGUUCAAGACCAAAGUUUUCCUCUUGUCUUAAUACCAUAAGGACUGGAUGACUUCUCCUGAGAUAGAACUGUCUGGUUCAAUGAGGGACUGUGUUGCUAAGAGCGUUGGGGGCAAAGCCAGGCUGGUUCCUUGGCCUCGGGGUUUCCUGGGUCGGGGACACGGUGAAGAGGCUCCAGCGGGAUCUGCCCAUCAGUCCUGGGCCAGGAGGGGCUCCAAGAAGCACCCAGUAGUCCGGGGGAGUCUCAGACCCGGCAUGUGUGGCUGGCAGGCCUGGGAGAGCCAGGGCAGGUUUUGCUUUCAGAGAAGGAUUGCCCCAGAGACCUGUGGUGGGCUUCAUGGGUGCCGAGUGGCCCGUGUGACAGUGAUGACAUGAGGGCUGCGGCGUUUGAGUGGGUGCAGGUGCAAUGCAGGGCUUGGUGCUUCCCUGCCUGGCCCUGGAGGGAGCUGGGUGGCCUGGCUUCGGGGGAACACAGGAGCCAGGACACAUGUCAGCCCAGCAGGUGUGGGGGGAGCUGCAGCCUUCGGCAGUGGGGUCAGUCCCUGGGGGAUGUUUCCAACGGUGGGCGGCCUGGCUGGGCCGGAGGAGACAUGUUCACGGGCAUCUAUGAGACGCCCCCUUGAGGAGGCUGAGUUAUUUGAGGGCUGCUGCAAAGUACGCUAGGCUCAAAUUCUCUUUUCCCAGCCAGAGCCCUGGCCACACGGACUCAGCAGGGCCACCAGGGUGGGGAAAGGACCCCUCCCCCGCCCCCCGCAGCCACCGGCCUCCAGCUCUGGGCCACAGAAUGGCCUCUAAGGCUGACUCAGCCGCUCCCCUGGGCUGUGGCAGCAGGAGGCGGGGGCUCAGGCCCUGGAACCUGUGCAGCUUGCCCGUGGCCCCAGGCAGCAAGGGGACAGCCUGGGGGACUUCCUGUCUAGGCAAGGCCAUUGGCCUGGCCUGGCCUGUGGAUAGUGGGGCCAGGGUCCAGCCCAUGCCAAAUGAGUGCCCUCCUUGUUAUGACACCAAGUGACUACAAGGGAGGCAAGACCCCUCCAGGCCUCUCAGCCGACAUUGGGUCCCACCACACACAGUGACCGUGCUGUGCAGUGCAGGUUCUGGCCUUUUCCCUGAAGGCAUGGGGUAGACCCGAAACCACGCUCUUGGGCCGCACAUGCAUGCCGCAGCACCAGCUGCCCUGAGCUGCUCGUACAACCAACCACCUUUCCCCUCUUCUCCAGCUGUAACCUGGAGAGUCAGCCAUGCCUUGUCUUUUAUUCUCAUAGUCACUGGGGCCGGGCGCAGUGACUCACGCCUGUAAUCCCAGCACUUUGGGAGGCCAAGGUGGGUGGAUCACCUGAGGUCAGUAGUUUAAGAUCAGCCUGACCAACAUGGUGAAACCCCGUCUCUACUAAAAAUACAAAAAUAGCCGGGCAUGGUGGCAGGCGCCUGUAAUCCCAGCACUUUGGGAGGCCGAGGCGGGCAGAUCACUUGAGGUCAGGAGUUCGAGACCAGCCUGGCCAACAUGGUGAAACCCCGUCUCUACUAAAAAAAAUACAAAAAAUUAGCCGGGCGUGGUGGCAGGUGCCUGUAAUCCCAGCUACUCAGGAGGCUGAGGCAGGAGAAUGGCGUGAACCCGGGAGGCGGAGCUUGCAGUGAGCUGAGAUCGCGCCACUGCACUCCAGCCUGGGCGACAGAGCGAGACUCCAUCUGGAAAAAAAAUACAAAAAUUAGCCGGGCGUGAUGGCAGGCACCUGUAGUCCCAGCUACUCAAGAGGCUGAGGCAAGAGAAUCACUUGAACCCAGGAGGCAGAGGUUGCAGUGAGCUGAGAUCACGCCAUUGCACUAUAGCCUGGGCAACAAGAGCGAAACUUUGUCUAAAAAAAAAAAAAAAUCACUGGACUUCUUCAUGCUCUGAUCACAUCUCUUGUAAAAGCCUAAGCUCUCUCCGGGGUCCGGGUUGGCCAUGCCGUGGAAUUCUGGGUGGCCUGGUUGGGGUCUCUAGAAAUGUGGCUGCAGCAGAGAACAGAGACCCUGACACGCAGCUCCCCGUGCUGAGGGGCCCUUGGGGAGUCACGCCGAGGGUCCCCACGAGAAAGUUGUGGCAUCCCCGGGGGCCGGAGAAGAGCCCCGUGUCUUCUGAGGGGUUUGUCCUUUGUGUCCCCUGCAGACCUUUGUCUGCGACCCUUGCCCUCCAGCACGUCUGUACUUUCCUGCGGCCUGUAGAAACGCCUCUUACGGUUUAAUAUGUGUUCGCUUUGCUAAAGAAUGUCAGCAUCGGCCAGGUGAGGUGGCACAUGCCUGUCAUCCCAGCACUUUGGGAGGCCCAGGGGUGCGAGACCAGCCUAGGCAACAUAGCGAGACCCCAUCUCUAAAAAAAUUAUUUUAAAUUAGCCAGGCCGGGUGCAAUGGCUUGCGCCCGUAAUCUUAGCACUUUGGGGGGCUGAGGCAGGCAGAUCACUUGAGAUCAGGACUUUAAGACCAGCCUCAGCAACAACAUGGUGAAACCAUCUCUAGCAAAACUACAAAAAAUUAGCCGGGUAUGGUGGCGGGUACCUGUAAUCCCAGCUACUCAGGAGGCUGACGCAAGAGAAUCGCUUGAACCCAGGAGGCAGAGGUUGUAGUGAGCUGAGAUUGUGCCACUGCACUCCAGCCUGGACAACAGAGCAAAACUCUGUCUCAAAAAGUAAUAAAUAAAAAUAAAUUAGCUGGG